AUGAAAAUGAAAAUGAAAAACAUAUCACAUGUUUCACAAUUUUAUCUUCUGAGAGUAUCUGAUGAUCCAGAACUGCAGCCCCUUCUCUGUGGGUUGUUCCUAUCCAUGUUCCUGAUAUCAGUCCUUGGGAACCUGCUCAUCAUCCUGACAGUCAUCUCAUUCUCCCACCUCCACACUCCUAUGUACUUCUUCCUCUCCAUUCUCUCCAUGGCUGACAUCGGCUUCAUUUCUACAACAGUUCCAAACAUGGUUGCAGAGCUUCAAAUCCACAGUUCAGCCAUAUCCUAUGUGGGCUGCCUGACUCAGAUGUCUUUUUUUAUCAUUUUUGCAUGUAUGGAUAGUAUGCUUCUGGCUGUGAUGGCUUAUGACAGGUUUGUGGCCAUCUGUCAUCCCCUGCAUUAUGCAAUAAUUAUGAAUCCUUGUCGCUGUGGUGUCUUAGUUUUGAUGUCUUUUUUAGCUAGCCUUUGUGAAUCCCUGCUCCACAAUUUGUCUGCCUUACAAGUUAAGUGUUUCAAAGAUAUAACAAUUGCUAAUUUCUUCUGUCACCCUUCUCAACUUCUAAAUUUAGGCUGUGACAACACAUUUAAAAAUAACAUACCAAUGUAUGUUAUUGGUGUCAUGCUUGGUGUAUUUCCCUUAUUGGGGAUCCUUAUCUCAUACUUUAAAAUCAUUUCUUCUAUUCUGAGAAUCACCUCUUCAAGGGGGAGGUAUAAAGCUUUCUCUACCUGUGGGUCUCACCUGGCAGUCGUAUGGUUAUUUUAUGGGACAGGGCUUGGAGAGUAUUUUGGUUCACUUUUGUCUCAUUCUUCUGGAAACAACGUGAUAGCCUCAUUAAUGUACACUGUGGUCACCCCCAUGCUGAAUCCUUUCAUCUACAGUCUGAGGAAUCAGGACAUUAGUAAUUCCCUUAAAAGGCUCCACUUUUGUACUGUUUAA